AUGGACGGCGUACACCCUCAAAUCGAGAACGGAGGGCCUCCACAGCAAAAUUACGGACCACCCUCGCAGCAGGGAUACGGCGGGACGAAACAACGAAAGCCAGGUCGUGCAAAAGUUUUCACCAGGAAAGACGCCCACCCCGACACGAUAGAGGCCCCUUAUAGUAAUGGCUACGACGGCUCAAGGGAGAAGCAGACGAAGGAGAAAGAGCUACCGCGCUACAACGACAACGGACAAAAGAUCAAUCAUGCCGGCCACGUAGUACAUCCUUGGGUUCAGCCUGAUGGAGAGUCUGGAAGAAAGGGCUUCAAUCCUCUCAAGUUCGUCCAGAUCUGCUACCGCUCCACAUCGACUGCUUCGAAAUGGACGAAUAUCCUCUGGCCAUUUACGAUCGCUGCCAUGGUGAUGCACUUUGGCUUCCCGCAGCAUCAGCUUUGGGUCUUCAUCACCUGUUACAUUGGCAUGGUACCGGCCGCGAACUUGGUGGGCUUUGGUGGACAGGAGUUGGCGAGGAAGAUUCCGAAGGUUUUGGGCGUGAUUCUGGAGACGACGUUUGGCAGUAUAGUCGAGAUCAUCUUGUUCAUGGUGCUGAUCUCCACCAAUGGCGGCAAUUUUGCUGUCAUUCGUGCUGCCAUUCUGGGAUCGAUACUUGCUAACCUGCUCUUCUGUCUUGGCAUGUGCUUCUUCGUCGGCGGCAUCUUCCACCCACAACAGACAUUCCACGAGGCGAUCAGCGAAGUGGGUAGUAAUCUCAUGCUCGUCGCCGCCGUCGGCCUCGUCAUCCCUACGAUCUACUACACCUCUCUCAGUGGAGGUCGAGUCACGCCAGAACGACUCACAAUGGAGACGGCUCGAAUCUCACGCGCGGCCGCUAUCAUCCUCUUAGUCGCUUUCUUCGUAUACGUCUGGUUCCAGUCUAGAAGCCAUCAUGGCUUGUACGAAGACAUCCUCGAGGCCGACGAAGAACGCGAUCAUGAUCGUCACAAGGAUCUUGCCAAGGCGAAGCUCACGGCUACUGAGGCUAUCAUUGCUGUGCUCAUUGCACUCACGUUCGUCAGCUUCAUGGCUGUGUUCUUGGUGCAGCAGAUCGACUUCAUGGUGGCGGAGCGCCAUCUAAGCGACGCUUUUAUUGGUCUCAUCCUGAUCCCUCUGGUUGAAAAAGCUGCAGAACAUCUCACGGCCGUGGACGAAGCGUACGACAACCAGAUGAACUUUGCGCUCUCCCACGUCCUGGGCGCCAGCAUUCAGACAGCUCUACUCAACACGCCCCUGGUCAUCCUUGUCGGCUGGGGACUCGGCCGAGACCUGCUCCUCAACUUCGAGCUCUUCGACGCUGUAGUCCUCAUCCUCGCCAUCAUCGUGGUCGGCAACUUCCUUAGAGACGAGAAGUCGGACUAUCUUGAAGGCGCGCUCUGCGUCAUGGUUUAUAUCUUGAUUGCGGUCACGGCGUGGUACUACCCUAAUCCUGAGCUUGAGGGCGGUACGAGCAGUGCGGAAGCAGGAACAGGGAGUGGUACUGCUGAAGCUGUGCAGCAUGCGACUGCGAAUGUUGCUAGGGAGGCUGUGCGAAUGCUCAUCAAGGGCUGA